UCUGGCGGAUGUAGCGAGGUGGGGUUCACUGUUUGUUUCUUUGUGUUUUGUAGCGCUUAUUUUGGGGUUAGACGUCUUCCAGCUUACCUCAUCAUACAUGCUUCUGAACUGGUAAUUGAAGAGGUGGGAAUGUAUCUCCUGUGCGAUGGACAGGGCCCGGCCGUCCAAUGACAGCGACUCUCGGCAGCAGCACGAGCGGCCGGCGCCGGCGCGCAUCAAGGACACGGCGCGCAAGGAGGCCGGCGCCAGCAGCAUCCCCGUGCGCCACGGCGGCCAGAACGGCGCUAUGAGCAAGCCGCGCUCCGCCAGCGGCCGCACGUCGGCCAAGGCGGCGCUCAAGGAGCCGCCCGACCCGGGGCCGUCGGCGGCCGUGCGCGCCCUCCGCGAGCGCACCGAGAUGGGCUCCAACAGCAGCCUGAACGCCGCCGGCGCGCCGGCCAAAAAGGACCGGCUGCGCUCGCGCAAAAGCACGACGCCGCAGCCGGAAUCGAAGAUGCGGCCGGCGCUCAAGAAGCGCUCAUUUAGUGUGGAAGUGUCCGCGGGCGGCGGAAGCCAGAGACGUGCGUCGCCGCAUGAGCCUGUCAACGGUGACGGCGCGUCGGCCGGCGCUGGCCACAGUCACAGUCACAGCCACGUGCACAGCCACGGCGGGGGCGGGGGCGGGGGUGGGGGCGGCAAGACUCCUGUGCGUCUCUCUGCCGUGCGACACCGCGACCGUAACCGGCUCGACGGUGGCAAGGUGUCGUUCUCGCCGCAGAUCGAGUGGCUGGCGCCGGGCGAGGAGAUUGCCGAAAAGGCCGACACAGAGACGGUCAAAGAGUCGGCGCAGCCGGGCGCCGAGUCGCGCCGGCAGGCGGCCAGCAUGCGCAAACUCGAGGAGGAGAACGAGUCGCUGCGGCGCGCGAUCGAGAACUACCGCGAGCGCGAGCGGUCGGCGCGUGGCAGUGUGGACGGACCGGGCGGCCGGCCGUCACCGGCGCAGACCACCAAAAGCCAGGACGGGCCCGAGGACCCUGAGGAGGACGAGGUCGAAAAGGCCGUGGAGGCGUCGCCCAACGGUCGCUUCCUCAAGUUCGACGAGGAGAUUGGCAGAGGCAGUUUCAAGACGGUCUACAAGGGUCUGGAUACGACGACGGGCGUGUUCGUGGCCUGGUGCGAGCUGCAGAUGAGCGGCAACCGACUGAGUAAGAAGGAGCGCGACCGGUUCCGGGAGGAGGCCGACCUGAUGAAGGGCCUCACGCACCCCAACAUCGUCCGCUUCUUCGAGUACUGGGAGGUGGACAAGAUCCGCCGCCGGUGCAUCGUGCUCGUCACGGAGCUCAUGACCUCCGGGACGCUCCGAACAUACCUGAAGAACUUUGGUCAGAAGAAGGUGUCUCCGAAGAUUAUCAGCUCGUGGUGCCGUCAGAUCCUGAAGGGCCUUCAGUUCCUGCACUCUCGAAACCCGCCCAUCAUUCACCGCGAUCUGAAGUGUGAUAACAUCUUCAUAUCGGGCACCACCGGCCAGGUCAAGGUCGGCGACCUCGGUCUGGCCACACUGAAGAACCGCUCGUUCGCCAAGUCGGUGAUAGGCACGCCCGAGUUCAUGGCGCCCGAGGUGUACGAGGAGCACUAUGACGAGGCCGUGGACGUGUACGCCUUCGGCAUGUGCAUGCUGGAGAUGGUGACGUCCGAGUACCCGUACUCCGAGUGUACCGGCCCGGCACAGAUCUACAAGAAGGUCAUCACGGGCAUCAAGCCGUCCAGCUUCGACAAGAUCGACGACUCCCAGAUGCGCGACAUUAUCGAGUGGUGCACGCGGCUCAACAAGACGGAGCGGCCCACUGUCAAACAGCUGCUGAACCACGAGUUUUUCGCCGAGGACUGCGGCAUGCGCCUGGACGUGGCCAACCGGGAGGAGAGUAUCAGCUCGGACGGCAGCGUGGUCGAGCUGCGACUCCGGGUGCUGGACGCCAAGAAGCGGCGCGACAAACACAAGGAGAACGAGGCCAUCCAGUUCAACUACAACCUCAACAAGGACAACCCAGAGGAGAUCGCCAAACACAUGGUGAUGUCCGGCAUCCUCACGGAGGAGGACGCCCGCUCUGUGGCCAAGCUGAUCAGUAACCAGAUCCAGAGUCUGCGCCGCGCCCGCGAGGAGAAGCGCCGUGAGCACGGCAGCGCUCCGGCCGGCAGCGCCGCGUCCGGACAGCCGGCCGGCUCCGCUCCGCCGGCCCAGCAGCCGCCGCCGCAGACAGCCGAGACUCAGCAGCAGCCCCAGCAGCAGCAG